GGCAGGUGCUUGCUGCCUCUUCUUGCACCCGCAGGAAAUACAUCAGACUUUUGGAGCAAGGCAAACAGAGGAAUCGCAUCGACGGGUAGCCGAUACGAAUCGCCGGGAAAUUUCCUCAUCGCACAUCUCGCUUUCGCCAUCCAUCUCGACGAAUUACACGACUCUUGACGAUUGCGACUGUAUGUUUAUCGGCGCGUUGGAGAAUGGUGAUCUGGAAAAGCUUGAGCUCUCCAUAUUUCGACAAGUCGCGACAGCUGCUGCCCUCGUGAUACCAAAGUUGUCUUCCAACCUGCCCGAGAUUCGAUAUCCAACAACACCUUUACGUUUCAUCGACUUUCACAUUAUUACUCCAUCUGCCUAAAAUCAUUCAGAAUCCAAGCGUCUUCGUCAUCGCUUGCUGCAAUCAUGGCGGCUCCCUCCCCGCAGGUGUCUGUGAGCGACCAGAUUCGCCAACUAAACGACGCCAGAAAGCUCGUUCUCGGUGACGUUAAAUACUACCCGACGGUCGUCAAGAGCAUCCUACCAAUCGUCGGUCCCACAGCGGGCGUCGAACUGCGCAGAUGGGGCGCCGACUUCCUCGCCGAGGCCUUCGCGACGCCAGCCCUCCCCGGAAGCGAGAAGGAGACGAUGCAGCUGUUCGUGCUGGACACUCUACAGACGAUGGUCGAGACCCCUAACGAGGACGCACACGUCCUGCGAAGCGCUAUUCAGACGGCAGCUAGCAUCUAUCCCUUUGCGCUGCGAUGGAUCAUCAACAACUCGUACGACACAUUUACAUGGGAACGGAUGGUCGCGAUAAAGCAGAGGAUUCUUCGGAUUUGGGAUGAUGCCGAAUCCACUGUGCGGAUAUGCUGUAUCAAGUUUGCCCAGCGAGUUGUUCUAGCACAAUCGGCGGCAAACCCCAACGAACCGAGACGUGGCGAUUCUCUCGACAUAUCACUCGACAAGAUCCCGCCAAACCACCAGACGUUGGAUGCUAGGACGCUCGACGCCGAAGGAGCUGGUUUGCUGGACAGGAUACUGAGCAUACUGCAGGAGAACAGCAGUGAUGUGUUGCUCGUUGAUGCCACUUUGAACUGCCUGUCCAUUUUGAUCCGCAGUCGCCCGGGCACUGCCAACAGGAUCCUCAAUGCCGUUCUCAACUUCAACCCGUUGAAGCUUGCAAACUCGCCAAUGACCCCUAGAACUCGUGUAAUGGUUAAGUCCAUGGAGAAGACUACCCGAAUGCUCUUGAUACAUCUAGCCAAACGCGAUCCUCAUAACCCCAUGGCGCAACGGAUUCAACAGCACGUGGAGAGAAUGAUGCGUAUGAGACACGAGAUCUUUGAUGAAUCUGGCCGGAAACGUGCCCUCGAGGCACAGCAGCAACAAGAGGGUAUAGAAGCCAAGCGCCAGCGGAUGGCACCUCAAAUUGCGACAACGCCUCAGAUACAAAUCACGCCACUACCGCCAGGCCCUCACAGUCUAGGCGACGUCUUUACUCUUACUGGAAGCGAGGGACUGAAAGCCUUCGACGUGGGCACAUUGCCCACAGCUCUGGCUGCUAAGAUCAGCAUCACCACGCUCCUUCGGACAGACGCCCAACUACUCGCGAAAGCCGUCGAGGGUAUCCGAGGACGACUCAAUGUGCUCGCUGCCCAACCUCCACCUCAAAUCGAUCCCGAAACCGCUCCUCUUGGUGUAGAAGAGGACGACGAUGAAUACGAGCCAGAUUUCUACGCCGCCGAGGAUAACGAGCAGAUUCUCAACAAGCUCGACAGUGACCCUGUAACCAAACCAGACGACGGUGAUCUCGGUCUGAGGACGUUUAGACUACCACCUCCACCAGCACUUACGCCUGAGUUGGCACUCAGUGCGGGCCAAGGCUCUGUAAUGUCGCUUUUCCAGUUCGUCAAGACGUUAGAGGACCCUGCGAAAAAGUCAAAGUCUGGCAUCAACCGAUUGGCUGCCAGCACCAACGACCGAGAAUCAUGGAUCGCCAUUAUUACGCGCUUGGCCAGCCGUUCGUCGGCCGGCUUGGAGGGCGGUGUCAAGGACGAGGCCACUGGCCGUCUAGCUCUCGGUGACAGUAUUCGGGAGUCUCUGUAUACCUACGUCCUCGAGGACUUCCGCCGCCGUAUCGAUGUUGCCAUCACAUGGCUACAUGAAGAAUGGUACAACGAUCAGCUACAGAAGAAGCAGGAUGGAGGCCAUCCUCUGCACUAUGAGAAAUGGGCUCUGAAGUUGAUAGACGGCUUCUCUCAGUACCUCAAUGCCCAAGAUAAGGUCAUUACUCGGUUUUUGGGCGAAAUCCCCGAACUCAGCCCUGCCAUCUUAUCACGCGUGAAGUUGAUGUGCCGGGAUCCGUUGGUUGUGCCCCUGGCGUUGACGAGUCUAUUGUACCUGGUCAUGAUGCGGCCGCCGGCCAAAGACCUGGCUCUGGAUACGGUGCAAGAUAUCUGGACAGAAUACGAGGACGCGCGACCUUUGGCGGCGAAAUACUUGGUUAAGUUCCGACCUACCUGGCUAGAAUCGGCCAAGGCAGCUGCAGAGGCUGGAUCAGCACCAGCGACGAACAACACGACGGCUAUCACAACAUAGGAUGACCGCGGUCAAGGCUGACCUCAAGCGACUACAUAGACCGUUGAAAGACGGCAUUGAAAGCGGAAUGGUUUUGCGAGGAUAGAUGAUGACAGUCGCGGAAACCCAAAUGAAUACCCAAGGAAAAUGGAGCGAAGCGGACAGCAAGUGGUCUUCGGGGCUCUCUGACUUUGGAGAAAGAGGGAGAGAAAGUAGAGAGUGCGUGAAAAUUCAACAGGAGAAUGCCACGGAAGCAAAUCGGCGUGAGCAUGGCAUGGCAUGGCAUGGGUCUGGCGUUCGAUCGGGGGG